AAAAAUGUAUCGAUCGACAGUUUUUAUAUUAGUUAUAUAUUGCUUUUGUGGGGUCCAUCUCAAACAGAUACCCAGCUACAUCCAAUUAUGCAAACGGGAUCAGAAUACAAUAGACGAUUGCGUGCGUCACUCCGUCGAGGCGCUGAGGCCGAGGUUGGCUGCUGGUUUGCCGGAGCUUGAUGUCCCGGGUAUUGAUCCUUUCUACAUACAUGAGAUUAAAGUAACCGCAAUUGAAAGUCCUCUGAACAUAGUGGGCAAAAAUGUAAAGGUCACUGGUGUUGGCAAUUUCACUAUUAAAAGUUUAAGCGUCGAUUUGGAUACAUUGAAUAUAAAACUGCGUCUGCGCAUACCAAAGAUGCAUUUAGAUGGCGCUUAUAAGUUGGACACUAAUAUAUUGAUGGGUUUACCGAUCCAUGGGGACGGAAACCUUAAGAUUGACGCAGUGAAAUGUGACGCCGAUGUUAUGUUACACACCGAAUUUUACGAUCAAAAUGGCGUCGAGUACAUGAGAUUUACUAAAAUGGACAACAAUAUUAAUAUUAAGGAUUAUACUAUCAAGAUAGAUGGACUUUUUAAUGGAAACCAAGCUCUAGGAGACGUUGCUAACACUAUUCUCAACCAGAACCGAGGCGAAUUCUUAAAGGUGAUCAAGCCUACCAUGGAAAAGACUGUUACAGAGUUAGUGCUAGAAAUGUCGAACAAAAUAGUAGACGGUAUCGCUUACGAUGAUCUGUUUCCUAAACCAUAGACAAUUUAUGUAUGACAUAUUAUUAGUUUAAAAUGUUUUCUAUACAAAAUAGCAAAGAGUACAUAAUAAUUAGGAUCUAGAAUUAAUUAAGAAUAUAGAAUUACGUCGUCUAUUUUAUUGAACCAUCCGAAGUUUCAGAAAUAAAUUCGUGGUUUGAUUAAAUUAUAUUUCUUUUGAAUACAUUUAUAGAAUUAUUUACAGAAAUAUUUCGAUUUAUUUUGAUAAUAAUUUAAUUUGAUUUUAUCUACAGUUUAGAUAAAAGACAAUUGAGUAAUAUCCAUACAUUUUCAUUUAAAUCGCUCAUUUCGGUGUGUGAUAAAUAUGUGUAUUAUAGAGCUUAGCUGUGAUUAUUGUUAAGUUUCAUAAAAUCAUCAGAAAUACUGAAUAUUUGAUUGAUUUUUCACAAAAACUUUUAAGAUGUAUAAUUAUAUAAUAUUGUAUGUACUUUGUAUUUACGGAAGCAGUAAGAGGACUUAUGUAUUAAAAACAAUUAUUGAGUAAUAGUUUUUAAUACAUAAUUUAAUACAUAUUUUCAUAUUUGACAAUAAAAGCAGUUGUAUUUUAUUCAGAAAAAGGGAUCUUAUCACUACUUUUUAAUUUUUUCAUAACUUGCUUCUAAGUUUUUAUUUUUCAAAAAUGAAUAAUAAAUUGUUCUGUAUCUGCCAUAUGUAUGUAUUUUUGCAGCAAGCAGAAUAAGUUCUACUGCAUUAUGCCAAGCUAUAUUUAUAUAAAAAAGUACCACUGUAUUAGUUAGUUAUAUUACAUAUAACACGAUAAUAUAUGUAUACUGCGUGUAUGAAAUGUUAUAUUUUUAUAAUCUAUGAAUUUUUUUCUAAUUAUUUAUGCGGUUGGUAUUGGUUUUACGUCAAUAAGUAUAUUUUAUUUCUACCAAUGCUCAUUAAACAUUAAAUAAAUGCAUAUUCCGUAAACAAUUGUA